AUGAGUAUUGAUUCCUGCAACAAAAUGGGAACAUUGAGACAAUUGAUGGUUGGCUGAAGCUGGUCAUUGCUGACCUCUUCCUUCUUUUCCUUUUAAUUAUUUUUCUCUAAAUUUAAGGACUUCGUAUCAAAAUCUCUUUCUUUUUAUUGUUUUCUUGCUUUCUUUCCACGUUUUCUUUUGUUGGUGAAGGUGUUUAUUUUUUCUCUUCUCUACAAUGGCUACUUCAAGAUGGAUCAGGCCUGAGGUGUUUCCUCUCUUUGGAGCUGUUGGUGUAGCUGUUGGCAUUUGUGGGAUGCAACUUGUUAGGAAUAUCUGCACAAACCCAGAAGUCAGGGUGACCAAAGAGAACAGGGCUGCAGGAGUGCUGGAGAACUUUGCUGAGGGUGAGAAAUAUGCAGAACAUAGCUUAAGGAAAUUUGUCCGCAAAAGGCCUCCUCAGAUCAUGCCAUCAGUCAAUGGCUUCUUCUCUGAACCUGAUAUUCCAAGUUCUAACUAGAAAUUCAGUUCAACCAUUGAAAAUUUGAAUGUAAUAGGACAUUAUUAUUAUUAUUAUUAUUCCGUUUUAAGGGAAUGAAGCAAAUGCACAUUGCAAGUUGAAGUCUUUGAUAUAUGGCGAAACAGUAUUGCAUAAUAAAGUUCAUCUGUACUAUUUCUGUU